GUAAUACUGAAAGCCAUGGCCCAGGGAUCAGUGAUGUUCAGUGAUGUGUCUAUAGACUUCUCUCAAGAGGAGUGGGAAUUCCUGGACCCUGUUCAGAGGGACUUGUACAGAGAUGUGAUGUUGGAGAACUAUAGCAAUCUGGUGUCAGUGGGACUUUACAUUCCUAAGCCUCAAGUUAUCUCCUUAUUGGAACAGGGGAAAGAGCCCUGGAUGAUUGGCAGAGAGCUGACAAGAGGCCUGUGUUCAGAUCUGGAAUCAAUGUGUGAAACCAAGUUAUUAUCGCUAAAGAAGGAAGUUUAUGAAAUAGAAUCAUGCCAGAGGGAGAUGAUGGGACUUACAAAGCAUGGCCUUGAAUACUCCAGUUUUAGAGAUGUUUUGGAAUAUAGAAACCACUUUGAAAGACAAGUGGGAUAUCAAAAUGGGCAUUUCAACCAAGAAAUAUUCACUCAUGAAUACAUGCCCACAUCUAUUCAACAGACAUUCUUUACUCUACAUCAAAUAAUUAACAGUGAAGAAAAACCAUAUGAAUGUAAGAAAUGUGGAAAGGUCUUUAGUCAGAAUUCACAAUUUCUUCAACAUCAGAGGAUUCAUAUUGGUGAAAAAUCUUAUGAAUGUAAGGAGUGUGGGAAAUUCUUUAGUUGUGGCUCACAUGUUACUCGACAUCUGAAAAUUCAUACCGGUGAAAAACCCUUUGAAUGUAAAGAAUGUGGAAAGGCCUUCAGCUGUAGCUCAUACCUUUCUCAACAUCAGAGAAUUCAUACCGGUAAGAAACCCUAUGAAUGUAAGGAAUGUGGGAAGGCCUUUAGUUAUUGCUCAAAUCUUAUUGACCAUCAGAGAAUUCACACUGGUGAAAAACCGUAUGAAUGUAAAGUAUGUGGGAAAGCCUUUACUAAGAGCUCACAACUUUUUCAACAUGUGAGAAUUCAUACAGGUGAGAAACCCUAUGAAUGUAAGGAAUGUGGCAAAGCUUUUACUCAGAGCUCAAAGCUUGUACAGCAUCAGAGAAUUCAUACAGGUGAGAAACCCUAUGAGUGCAAAGAAUGUGGCAAAGCCUUUAGUAGUGGCUCAGCACUUACUAAUCAUCAGAGAAUUCACACUGGGGAGAAACCCUAUGAUUGUAAGGAAUGUGGGAAGGCUUUUACUCAGAGCUCACAACUUCGUCAACAUCAGAGAAUUCAUGCUGGUGAGAAACCUUUUGAAUGUCUUGAAUGUGGGAAGGCCUUUACUCAGAACUCACAGCUUUUUCAACAUCAGAGAAUUCAUACAGAUGAAAAACCAUAUGAAUGUAAUGAGUGUGGAAAGGCCUUUAAUAAAUGCUCAAACCUUACUCGACACCUCAGAAUUCAUACUGGUGAAAAGCCCUAUAACUGUAAGGAAUGUGGAAAGGCGUUUAGUAGUGGCUCAGAUCUCAUUCGUCAUCAGGGAAUUCAUACUGAUGAAAACACUCGUGAAACUGCCCAGGCCAUUAAGGGUAUGCAUAUCCGAAAAGCCACCAAGUAUCUGAAGGAUGUCACUUUAAAGAAGCAAUGUGUGCUAUUCCAUCGUUACAAAGGUGGAGGUGGACUUCUGGGAGAUGUGGUCCCGUCGCCUGGCCGCCUCUACUGCUUGCGCACGGGCACCACCGGCUGGGCCUUCUGGGUCUCCGGCGCGGGUAGGUCGCGCUGGUUCCGUGGAACAGCGGCUGGUGAAGGCCCCGUGGCGACCUCCAUGCCCAAGACCUCUGGGCCUAAAGAGAGUCCUCAUUGCUCCUGGCUCCCCGUUCUGCCCUCUUUGGAAUCUGCUGGCCCUGAGAGAUCUGUGAAAAGAGGAGAAAAUGGCCCCAGGGUUCCUGGCAGCAAGACCCUCACACUGCCUUCUGCGGUUUCUGCCCUUCUUCAGGAAGAGGAGGAAAUGCCCAAAUUACAGGAGCUGGUGACGUUCCAGGAUGUGGCUGUGGACUUUACCCAGGAGGAGUGGGAGCAUCUGGAUCCCUCUCAGAGGCACCUGUACAGAGAAGUGAUGUUGGAGAACUAUGGGAAUCUCAUCUCCUUGGCAGGACAUCUGCUGUCCAAACCAGAAAUGAUUGCCCAUUUUGAACAAGAAGAUGAUGUGUGGAUGGAGGAAAAAAUACCAAGAAACUCCUAUUCAGGAGACAAGCCCUACCGAUGCAUGGAGUGUUCCGGAGUCUUCAACUCAGAAUCUGCUCUGAGAAGGCACAGGAAGGACCACAUGGGAAAGAAGCCUCACACAUGUGAGGAAUGUGGGAAGGACUUCAGCCGUAGCUCCAACCUGUCCAUCCAUCGGCGAGUACACACAGGCGAGAAGCCCUACAGAUGUGGUGUGUGCGGGAAGGACUUCAGCCGCAGCUCCAACCUCUCUAUCCACCAGCGCAUCCACACAGGUGAGAAACCCUUCAGGUGCUGCGACUGUGGCAAGGACUUCAGCCGCAGGGCAGCCCUGCAGAUCCACCAGAGUGUCCACACAGGAAGGAAGCCUCAUGCCUGUAAGGUAUGUGACCGGGGCUUCACCUCACGCUCUACGCUGGCACGACACCAGCAGGACCAUGCAGGAGACAAGGCCUAUGUGUGUGACACAUGUGGCCGGGGCUUCAGCCAGAGAGCCAACCUCUACCUGCACCAGCGUGUUCACACUGGGGAGAGGCCAUUCCGGUGCGAGGCCUGUGGGAAGUGCUUCAGCUGGAGCAAGGACCUGGGUAUCCACCAGAGGGUCCACACGGGAGAGCGGCCCUACAGGUGUGAGGCUUGUGGGAGGGACUUCAGGCAUCGUUCGGCCCUCAAGAGGCACCAGAGGGUGCACACAGGGGAGAAGCCCUACCCCUGUGCCGUGUGUGGGAAGGGCUUCAGUCAGAGAGUCCAUCUGCAGACGCACCAGAAAGUGCACUGUAGGGAGAGGCUUCCAGGAUUGGGCUCUGCACAUGCAGGUGCCUUCCGCGGCCAGGGCGAAUGCCAGGGCAUGGGUGCUGAGGUGCACAACAUGGAUCAGGCUUAAUGAUGUUUGGCAUUUAUUAGUAUUUAUACAGAAAAGAGAACAGAUCAACAGCACUUAGAUAGAUGGAGAAAUAGAACAUUUUCAGCCCUCCCAAAAGACCUCUGCAUGCUUCUUUCCUCUCACUACCCCACAAAGGGAGUCACUAUCCUGACUUCUAAAACCAUAGAUUGAUUUUGCAAGUUAUAGAAUAUCAUACAAGUGGAAUUACACAAUAUGUAAUCUUUCAUAUAGAACUUUAUUCACUCAGUGUCUGCAUCCAUGUUGUUGCAUGUAUUCAGAGGUUCAUUCAUUUUAUUACAGAGUAGUAUUCCAUUGUUUGAAUGAACCACAGUUUGUCCAUUCAUCUGUUGAUGGACAUUUACAUUUGGGUUAUUUCCAGGUUUUCCAGGUUUUGUUCGUUAUGAAUAAAGCUGCUGUGAGUAUUUGGGUACA